AUGAAGACCCGCUUAAGGAUUUUUGAAAACAAAAAGCACAAUUUUUCGUCCAAGUAUCAAUCAGAUGAUUUGGAUUCUCAGUGCAUGGAAACCAAAGAUUAGAUUAAUUAGAUUAAUUAGUUUUAGCGGGUCACGGAGGUUUAUUUCAGCCUCUACCCAGCGCUGCCAGCUUCAGGCUUGCGCCCUAAGCACCGGCUCUGUUGCUCACUCCAUUUUCUGUCGACGUCACCAAAAAAUGGUGACGUCGUCAUCUGACAGGGAGACUCACCCAGGUACUCCUUUGAUCAGGGUCUAGUGACCGGCGCCGUCCUUUCUGGGGAGGGGGAAAAGUAGCCUUCCGGAGUCUUCUUCAGGUCCUCAAGCUCCACUACAAGCUUCCUCACUUCCUUCUAGUCCUGAAGUGUGACUCCUGAUUCUGCGGCUCUGGUCUUCUCGUCUUUGUGAGAGAGGCAAAAAAACCUUGUCGUGGUGUCCCGACCAAGGUAAAAAAAAACCACCCUGGACACAAUAUCCAGGCCCCGUUUACUUCUUAACCCCGUAGUCCCUGAGGGUACAGGAGAAGGACGGGUCGGAUGGCUCGCCAUUUUAAUUGUGUGGAAACCAAAGAAGAAAGCGAAAUGUCAACCGAGGAAUCGCCAAUUCAUGAGGCGCAUUAAAAAAUAUAAAAAAAUUCUUAGUAUAUGCAUGUUUAACCCACUAGACUUAUUAUUUACUAUCUCCCAUUCAUGAAAGUUGCGCCAAAAAAAUUCGAAGGAAAAGAAAUCGGAAAUCUGACUACCAAGUCAACAUUCUCAAAGCCCACUUCGAUAUGAACACAAAUUGGACCAAAGAACAAGUAGUUGAGCUUGCCAAACAAGCUGGACUUUCAGAAGCACAGGUUUAUAAGUGGGGCUGGGAUUAUAAGAAAAAGUUGCGUCUUGAAGGGAAGUGUGAAAACGACAUCAACCUUCAAUGUGAAGAAACACUGGCUCCAAGCGUCCUUGAUUAUGAACUGUAUUUGGUUCAGAAAGACUAUCGCAGGUCAGUCACCAGUUGGAAUUUUGGAAGUUCGAUUGGGUUAUUUUCUUCACCUUAUAGCCUUUUGGCUUAG